AUGACUUUACUUACCUCAGACUUCCCAAUCUUUUCAAACCGGCAACCUGUCACAAGUGGAGUCCUCCAGGGAUCGACAUUGAGCCUAACACUGUUUAAUAUUUUCAUAAGUGAUCUGGAUGAUGGGAUCAAGUGUACCCUGAUGAAGUUUGCCAAUGAUACCAAACUGAGUGGGCAAGUAGACACGUUGGAAGAGAGAGCCACCCCACAGGAAGAUCUGGAUAGGCUGGAAGAGUGGACUAACAAGAACCUUAUGAAGUUCAAUCAAGACAAAUGUAUGGUCUUGCACCUGGGAAAACAAAAUCCAGGAGUGCAGCACAGGUUGGGAUCUACCCAGCUGGGUAGCGGCUCCAUGGAAAGAGACCUGGGGGUCCAGUGGACAACAAGCUCAUCUGCAAACAUGGAGACCCAGUGUGCAGGUGCCUCUGAGGACAGUACCCGUUUGUCAACAACUAGUCAAGGAUAUGUUUUACCAGAAGGAAAAAUCAUGCCAAACACAGUCUUUGUUGGUGGAAUUGAUAUAAGGAUGAAUGAAGCAGAUAUUCGGAGUUUCUUUGAACGAUACGGUACUGUGAAAGAGGUGAAAAUAAUCACUGACAGAACUGGUGUUUCCAAAGGGUAUGGGUUUGUAUCUUUCCUGGACAACGUGGAUGUUCAAAAAAUAGUGGAAUCACAAAUCAACUUCCAUGGCAAAAAGCUGAAACUGGGGCCAGCGAUUAGAAAGCAACAGAACUUCUGUUCUUACGUGCAUCCCAGACCAUUAGUGAUCAAUCCUCCUGCACCGCAGUUCCAUAGUGUAUGGAGUAGUCAAAAUACAGAGACGUAUGUGCAACCUCCAGCUAUAAUGAGCCCAGUAACACAGUAUGUUCAGAAAAGGCUUUAUUUGCAGACAUAUCCAUACAGUUCUCCAGCUUUAUUGGUACAGCAGCAAGUUCCUGUAGGAUAUCAGCCAGCCUACAACUAUCAGGUUCAACCACAAUGGCUUGCUGGGGAGCAAAGAAAUUAUGUUAUGCCUCCGGUUUAUAGUUCGGUAAGCUAUCAAUGUGCUGAGGAUCCAGAAUUCAUACAGACAGAGUGUGCUGUUCCAGAGCCCAUGCGGUCAUCUGCUGACAGUCCACAAAAGAAGUCUGUGGACAGGAGCAUACAAACAGUAGUAUCCUGUCUCUUUAAUCCUGAGAACCGUCUGAGGAACACCUUUGUAUCACAAGAAGACUAUUUUAAGGAGAGGAAGGUGCAUCACUUCAGAAAAGGAAGAACAGUACUCAAAAGUGUUUGAUCAACGAAGACUUGAAAGUAUCUAAAUUCGUUAACUCGAUGUUCUUACGGUUGAGUUUAGCACUAUAUAUGCAGUAGAAUAUUUUUCAAAGUGUUGCUUCAAGUUGAAGUUCCUGUUCUACCUGCUUUAAUACAGUUGUUUUUGCUUGAGUAGUUUGAAGUUUAAAGUUGUAAGAGUUGUCAGACUAGCAGGUUUUAUUCAUCACUUGCAUGCUUCCCCUGAUAACUAACUGGAAUGUUAAGGAGUUGAUAUGGGGAAAACACUGUUGGUUUGUCUGUUUUGCCUGUGGAUUUUCUUCUGAGCUUUACAGUUUGCAUGUUGCAUUUAGUUGCUUUAAAACCACAGUUUAAGUGACUUAAUACUGACCAGUUAACUACUUCAAUUUUUAAACUCCAAGAGGUAAUUUGCUCAAGAGGUUGUCCUUUAAAACUGAGCUCUUAAUCAGUGGAACAGAAGACAUCAAGUUGUAACUCAGUUGAAGCCCUUUAAGUCCUGGUUGUCUCUAGACUACCUAAUCAAUGUGGCUAUGUUCAUUAACAAGAGUUUGUGCUUGCAGUCUUGAGCAUUACUGCUAGUUUUGUGCAAGUAACAAAGAGAAUCCUGAAAGUCCUAUAUGUAAUUUAAGAUGCAAGGAUGUAAUUAGUUGUAUUAGCUACUCAGUACAGUAUGCUAUUUUACUUGAAAAAUUUUAGCAGUACCUGUGUGUUAAAAUUGUGAGAACCUGCAUUUAAAAUGUGCCUAUGUGAUGCAAACUGUUGAUCAAAGACUAUCUGCAAGACUAUUUUAAUAAUUAUGUAGAUUUUAGUUGUGUAUUUUGAAACAAUUGAAAUAAAUUUUUGACUUGGC